GCGGUUAACAAAUCGUUGGAGAAGAAACUCACCACGAGCGGAUCGGUUUCGAUCUCUGUGUUUGAUAGUAUUCGAAUUUCGAAUCCGAGUUUGAGUCAGUUCGUUCAGGUUCUAGGUUUCACGUUGAGAUCCGUUAGAAGCUUCGUGAAAUUGAUUGUGAAGGAGAUGGAAUCAGCGAGCUGGGAUCUCGACGCAGCCGCUUCCGCCGCCGUUUCGAUUUACGUUAAAAACGCUUCAACCGUUUUCUCCAGGCCCAGCCACCGCUGUUUCGCGUUUGAAUCGUUCGUCUGUGGGAAAAUGCUGGAAGGUUUCGAAUCUCCUAAUAAUGAUAAUUUCGAAUUCGAAAACUUGAGAUCCGUUGACCCGGUUCGGUACUUGACCCGGAACCCGGGUUCGUCUUUCGCCAAGUUCGUGGUUCACAAGUACUUGAGCGUCGUACACGCGAAGAUGGAGUGUUCCUUCUUCGGGAACUUGAACCAGAGGAAGCUGGUUAACUCGGGCGGGUUUCCGGAUUCGGGUUUCUUCGCGACGUUUUGCGAAAUGGCUAGACGGAUCUUGCUUCUACACUGCGUGGCGUUUUCUUUGAGCGAGAACGUCACGGUGUUUCAGCUCAGAAGAGGUUGUAGGUUCUCUCAAGUGUAUAUGGAGAGUGUGAAAUCAGGCGACGAGUCACAAUUCGCCGGAGAUAAUUCGGAUAUACGGGUCGGGUUCACGGUUGUUCCCGGGUUUAAAAUAGGCGAGAGCGUUAUACAAAGCCAGGUUUACUUGUCACCGGGUAACGGUUAUCCUCCGCCUUCUUCAUGAACCAUACAAGCGGUGGUAGUGGUUGUGAGACGCGCCGGGGGAAAAAUAGAGCGGUGGCGCGUGUAAAAGGAGAUGUGGUGGGGGUCAUGAGUCCUUGGGGGCAGCAAGACUGGCAAGUGGGACAUGUUUUAGAGAAUGUGAUGGAGACAGAAAAAUUGGCGCGAGGGACAUAAAUCAUCAUUGAUGAAAUAGUUUAGUGAAACAAAAUGAUAAUUUUUUUU